UGCACACCCCCUAUCCUCACACGCAGCAGGCCGAGACCGGCGCGAGUCUCCAGCUACCUCGCCCCCCGCGGUCAACUCUAGGGCACCGCCGCCGGUACCCCGUCCCCUCCUUGCAGCCAACACACUCAUGGGCCUGCCUCUUACGAGGACGCGCUGCGCCGGCGAACGGUGGCGCUGGACGGGGAUCUCCAUCGCCUCCCUCGAACCCGCCGACAGCCUCCUCGCACGGGGCCACCGCCUCCAUCCCCGUCGCACAACAGACCACGUGCUCCGCGGCGAAGCCCCGUCGCAGGAACGGGGCCGUCGAGGCGGCCGGACCGUCGUCGUGACUCGUGAAAGGUGGAAAUUUUUCGGGGAGAGAAAAAGGGGCGUCAUGGCGGCCGCGCCGCGCGACCGGCGGCGAAGGGGCCGCACUCCUGGGGCUGCCUCCGCGGCGGCCGCCGAAGACGACGGGGAGGAGCACCACCUCAACCCCUUCCUCUCCGACGAGGCGCCCUCGUCCUCGAGAAUCCAGUUCAGGAACGUGGCGUCGCGGGCGCGGUGGGUGGAGGACGCCGGCGAGGCGGAGGUGCUUGACAGCAAGGGGAAGCUCUGGCUGACCACCGGUGUCACCAGGGGCGGCAAGCUCUACUACAACGUCGAGGAGAUCGGCUUCUUGGCAGAAAGAGGGGCACUGGUUCUUCUUGACGACGAGGAUGAAACGAUAGGACUGGAGGAAAUCUAUAAAAAGAUUGCUGGCGGAAAUUACGGGUGCUCCUGGGAUGCCUUUCAAGCUUACAAGCACUUGAAGGUGCUUGGCUACAUCGUUGGACGCUAUGGUGUUCCCUGGACAGUGAAGCAUAGCGGCACUUGUGAAGUCACCGAUUCUCCCAAGAGUAUGGCUGACACUGAGCGUUGCUCUGAUAGAGCCAAUGGUGCCUGCAAUGACAUCACCAAAUUUCUCAAACAAAUGCAUAUAGAUGGGAUAUAUCCAUCCUUUGAAGUUCAUCUACCAAACAGCAAAUUUAAAAAGUCAUGCCCGGGAGUUCCUAUUUUCCUCCUAUGUCUGCUAAGAGACAAGCCACCCUCAAGGGAUGAACUGGAAACCGUGGAGAACAAGUUUGAAGGCAUUCCUCUUAAAUUCUGUCAAGUUGAUAAUGGACGUAUCAGCUUUCUCUCCUUCGACAAUGUUACACUUCCUAGUUUGCCCUGAUAGGUAGCAGUAGGAAUGAUUGUUAGUUUUCGCCUGUUCUGAUACUGUAAGCUAUCAGUUCGGUCUACUUCUGUUCUGUUUGUAGUGAACUAAUCCUUAAUAAGGCUUGUUUGUUUCUUGUUCUGAACCACUACUAUAGUGAUUAGUGAACCGUCAA